UCAGUUGCUUGUUUUGAAGAAAGAAGAAAUUAGUAAAACAGAGAACAACAAUGAAGAUCUCAGUCCACUUCACCUUACUCGUUUUUUGGUUGGCACGAGAUUUUGCGAGCUGUGUUAAUAUGAAGACGCCCGUUGAUUUCUUGACUGUAGAACUGGGAGACUCUCCUACAUUAAACUGCACCUACAAUUGCUCCGCUGGAUUUGUUCGUGGUUGUUGGAGUUAUGCAGACAACUCCGGUUGUCAAGGGACAUUGAGCAAAAGCAACUUUUGCACAAUGUCUCUUCAUCUAUCAAAUGUGUCCACUGAAGAUCUCAGAAAGAACUACACAUGCUACACAGUAGAUACAGACGACCCUCUACUUCCACAAAAAACUAUGCGUAUCGUUAUACUUCAACUUCAAGCUCAGAGUGACCCAAACUGGACAGUCAACCCGAGGACUGAAACAAAAAAUGCAUCUCUUCCAACUCAGCCAAACAGUUCAAGUGGAGGAGAAUUUACUGGAAUUAAGGUUCUUGCAACUGUUACAGUUUUAGUGGCCACAGUUCUUGCAGCACUGGCUGUUUAUCUGUGUUUGAACCGGAGCAAACAGAGCUGGAAUGGUAAAGGGGAGCCCAUUGUGUCAAGAUUGAGUGUGAGUACCAGCUCACCACAACCUCCACACGCUGUUCUCCUCCCAGUGAAGGGGACACAGUCGACACAAAAUGAAAGAGUGACUCUGAGGAUUCCUCAAGCAGAUAAUGACAGUGAUACUGAGGUUCCAUAUGCCGACAUAAUGAUCACUGUUCGUGGCGUCAGCACACCGGAGCUCACUCAGGUUGGCUACUUGGCUGCCGGGGAUCAAAAAGAGUGGUGGGGAGAUGAAUCAAGGUCCCACCUGCAGGCCUCACGUUCUGCCGACAGACUGCAUGUGCCUCAGUCCAGAGAGGUCAGCCGCAAGAUGAGCACCAACUCUGAGUAUGCAGUCAUCACAUAUGCCUGACUGAGGUUGCUGCUGCAAGAGGAGGAGAAAAAAAAAGAACACCUCUGGUUUCCUUAUAUGAGUAUUUACACCAGUGGGGUUGUUAGGCCUGGGUAUCUGAGGCUUUAACCCUGAAUGUUUUAUGAAUAUCCCCCAAGUUUUUCUGUUUGCUUGCUUGGUUGGUUGGUUGGUUGGUUGGUUGGUUAUCCAAAGUUAAGAAUAAUUGUCAAAAAAAAAUAGCUGUGGAUCUAUUCAUGUCAUUUCAGUCAUGCUCAAAUAAUCAAUCAUGGCUUCAUAGUAUUCAAUAAUGUUAUGGCAUAGCUGAUCAAAAAUACUUAUAUAUUAUUUUACUGUUCAAAAAACUCUGAUCUGUUUGCUAAAUAUUUUUCUGUCACAUCAACAGUUUAAACAUUGAAAUUUCUCUGUGUUACAGUCUCACAGUAGGAUAUUUACAGAAUUGACAUGAUGAGAAUUGGUGCUUCUCAUAACUACAUUUAAUCACAAAAGUAACUAAAUUUGGCAACAGGUGGCCAAGCAGCAACCAAAACACAUUUGAUUGUUUUACUGUAAACUGCUGUAAGUUGUUCUGAUUAGUGUUAUUUAUUUGAGGAUAUUGUGUUACUGGACUUUACAGGUGAACGUUUUCACCUCAACAGCCCCAGCAUCUCUAUUUAAAGGGUCAGUCACCCAAAUCACUAUUAAAUCGAAUUUUUGAAAAAUAGUUCCACAGCAUAUCUUUACGUGUAAAUAUGACUGUAACUAUAACUGUGGAAAUCAUCAUGAAUUAGACCAAUUAUAAGGCAAACAAUUUGAACCACUGGUCUAGCAAUCUUACACUCUCUGUGAUAUUAAAUUUAAACAUGGGCUAAGCAUAGAAAGAACGUGGGAUGACCUCACUUUGUCUGGAGCAGUGCUUCAUAAUGUGUGUACAUUUUACAUUUCAUUGUGAAAUAACUUCAGAAUGGGGCACAGCCCCCACAAUGUGCCAAGAUCCCAACAACUUCAUGCUUUACAAGAUGCCUUUUUUGAUACUUUUUAAAAAAUGUACUUCUUAUAUCGUUAUGCUUGCGUAUACCUUAGCGUGUGAUUUGUGUAUAAUGAAUAUUUACAUUAAUAAAGCCAUUAUUUCUUCUGAGUUUUA